AACCCGGUGGAUUGACUAACCAGUGGAUUUUUUUAAUAAACGCUCGUGCCACAUCAAUUAGAAACUGGGAUCAUUGCCCUCUCGCUGGCUCGACCUACACAGACUGAGAUUGCUUUCUGGUUCUGCGCUCGACUCUCGUGCUGCGAUUCUGCUCCACGCACAAAGUGCAUCUGUCGGAAACCGGCGCUGAAGAUAUCUCCCCUCUGUCAGACAGGACAGCACGCAGCCACCGUCGGAUCAGACUACAGAGGAGAGAGAGAGAGAGAGAGAGAGAGAGAGUGUGUGUAUGUAAGAGAGGGAAAGAGAGAGAGGGGGCAGUGAGAGAGAGUCAGAUUCACAGAGUGUGUUUGAGAGGGAGGCAGAUUAAUGCCCAGCGAAAGACUGGAGUGAAACAGCUUAAAUAGAGAAGUGAACCUAUACGUCCUCUCCCGUUUUCCUUGCCAUCCCUUUCCUCCUCUCCUCCUCCUCUUCCUCUCCCGUUUUCCAAUAUUCACAGGACUGCCAGAGCUACUGCCACCUGCACCUCUUCACGUCUUCUCUUUCCUCCUCUUCCUCUACCUCACCCUUAUCACGCGUUACUAUCCGAUACCAGCUGCUGACGGACACGCUGCUCUUGGUUCGAGCACUCUCUUGGAAAUAUUUCCAUUGAUCCAGCAGUGAGAGACUGAGUGAGCAUCGAUACAGAGACUCCGGACCGGUGAGGCAACGUUUGUCAGGAGCUUCCUCUUCAGAGGCAGACCUUCUCCCAGUCGCUGUCCGGCACUCAGAACCUGCCUUUUCCCUGGAGGACCGGCUAGCGACACAGUGGUGCCGACAGCGAAGACAGGAAUCACACAGCUCCUCCGCUGCCUCUAUCCCAUUGCUAGCUACUUGGCAGCUCCCGCCCCCGUGUCACCAUUCCCUGCCUCAGUGCUAAGGAUUCCAGCUACAUGGGCAAGCGAUUGGAGCAGCAGCCAAUGUACCCUCAGUACACCUACUACUACCCCCACUAUCUCCAGACCAAGCAGCCCUAUGCUCCACCCCCUCAUCCCAUGGCUCCUCCCAGCCCAAGCACCAACAGCUGCAGCCAGGGAGGGGCAGAGCAGCUGAGUAAGACCAACCUGUAUAUCCGAGGCCUGCCACCUGGGACCACCGACCAGGACCUUAUCAAGCUCUGCCAACCGUAUGGAAAAAUAGUGUCAACCAAGGCCAUUCUGGAUAAGAACACCAACCAGUGCAAAGGCUAUGGCUUUGUGGAUUUCGACAGCCCAGCUGCAGCACAGAAGGCCGUGUCGUCUCUCAAAGCCACCGGGGUGCAGGCCCAAAUGGCCAAGCAACAGGAGCAGGACCCCACCAACCUGUACAUCUCCAACCUGCCGGUGUCUAUGGAUGAGCAGGAGCUGGAGAACAUGCUGAAGCCCCUGGGUCACGUCAUCUCCACGAGGAUACUGAGGGAUGCCAACGGGGUCAGCAGAGGAGUCGGCUUCGCCAGGAUGGAGUCCACAGAGAAAUGUGAAGUAGUGAUACAGCAUUUCAACGGAAAAUACCUGAAAACCCCGCCAGGCAUUCCAGCUCCCACGGAGCCGUUGCUGUGCAAAUUUGCCGACGGAGGGCAGAAGAAACGCCAGAGCCAGAGCAAGUACCCUCAGAACGGGAGGCCGUGGCACAGAGAAGGCGAGACUGGCAUGGCGUUAACAUAUGAUCCCGCUGCAAUGCAGAAUGGGUUCUACUCCUCGCCUUACAGCAUCGCCACCAACCGCAUGAUUGCACAGACCUCCAUCACGCCCUUCAUCGCUGCUUCCCCCGUUUCCACAUAUCAGGUCCAGAGUACGUCAUGGAUGCCUCAUCAACAAUAUGUUAUGCAACCUACAGGUGCAGUGAUCACGCCAGCCAUGGACCACACUAUGUCCAUGCAGCCUGCCAGCAUGAUGGGCCCUAUCACCCAGCAGAUGAACCAUCUGUCCCUGGGCACCACAGGAAGUUACAUGACUGCUGCAGCUGCCGCGGCGCCUAUGCAAGGGACCUACAUUCCCCAGUACACUCCUGUGCCUCCAACAGCCGUCCCUGUCGAAGGAGUGGUGACGGACGCCUCCCCCCAGACAGUGGCUCCCUCGUCACAGGAGGUGGCUGGCCAGCAGCAACAGAUCCAGGUGGACAGUGCUGCCGACCAUGUUCCUGCUUACUCAUACCAGUCCAAAUAGCAACGGCCUGAGCGAAUGUUCCUGUGACAGCGUUGCCUUGAGACAGAAGGUGGCUGCACUGUGAAUGCGAGGAAAGGAGAAAAGAAAGAGAUUGCUACCAGAUUGCCCAGGCACCAAAAAAGAGACACUUUUUUCAUUUCCUACCUGGCCUACGAGAAAAGAAAAAAAAAUGCAAGAAGGAGGUAAAGAGUGCUGAGGAAGGGGAUGGGGAAAUUGCUGGGCACAGUGCAAAGAAGUGAAAUUGUUUAGUCUGGGAACCUGCCUGAAGGGCUGGGCUGAAGCUUGAAAAGUUUCUCAAAGAAAAAUCUCAACCAAUUAAAAAAAAAAAAAGAAGAAAAAACAAAUAUAAAAUGUCAAAAAAAAAGGUUGAAUGCGCAGGUAGGUGAUGAAGUUUAUUUUGUAAUUAGAAAAGGGGAGUCAAGUUUGAGAUACACACAGAGAUUGUCUUCCUCAGAUAUUAAGCUACAAUUUCUUUUCACUCUUUUUUAUGUUCUAGUGUUAAAUUUUAGUUUUCUAGAUAUAUUCGAAAACAAAGUGUUUUUUUCUUUCUUGAAUCUUCAUGGCCUUAAUUUGAAGGGCGCCAGAAACUUUUUACAGAGUUAAAGUCUGACGUCCGGUUAGGGAAAAAAAAAAAAAAGAGAAAAAAAAGCAAACUAAAUCAGUCUCUUGGACCACUUGGAGGGUGCAAGACACUGGAUGUGUUGUUCUAAAGAGGAAAAAGAAUCUAUCACAUAAGCUGUACAGAUUUAAUAGAGAAGAGCUUUUUUUCGUUUCUUCAUUAGAAGAAAACUUUGAUAAUUAUUAUGUCAGAGGUAACUAAGUGUCAGAAGAAAACAAAAUGUCUGUUGGGGAAAAAGACUCGGGGGAGGGAGGCGGGAGGGGCAGCUUUGAAGAGAUUUUUCACAAUGAGGAAAAAAUGAAAACAUAAGAAAACAUGCUGCAUUGUGGAUGCAGUCUGUUGCAAAUGCUGAACUUGUUUUUUAUUAUCAUAAUUAUUAUUUUACAUGGCAAAGUUGCUGUCAAUGACAUUAGUGCUUUUUAUCUGCCACAUUUUACCUUUUUUAUGAGCUUUAAGAUGUUUUUAGCCCGCUUUGCUUGUCACACUGCAAAAAAAAAAAAAAAAAAAAAGAAGAAGAAAAAAGUAUUAAAUGAACAAAAAAAAAAACCUACGGAAAAAAUU